GGCGAGAGUGUCAGAGCGGUUUAGUGGAGAGAGGAGCAGCACUGAGGGUUAACAACACGGCCGGGACAACAACACAAUAAGGUCGAUGAGCUCUCAGAUGGAAUACGCCAUGAAGUCACUCAGCCUUCUGACGCCGUCGUCCCUCUCCAAGUGUGUGACGGCCAGUGCCUCCAUGACCCAGCAGCUCCUGUUGGGUCGAGGUCCGCGGCCAAAGCCCUUCAGGGUCACCAACGCCGACCGCAGUAUGAAGAAGGGCAUCAUGGCGGACGUGCUGGAAGACCUGAUGAACAAGGUCAGCGUCUCGCUGAGCGUGGCGUGCGUCGGCGCCCUGGUGCUGGACGAGGACGGCACCGGGGUGGACACGGAGGAGUUCUUCCAGACGCUGCCGGACAACGCGGUGCUCAUGGUCCUGGAGAAGGGCCACAAGUGGACCCCUCAGACGAUCAGCCCCUCCAGAGAUCAGCUCGGCCGCUGCAGGCCACAGCACCGGACAGAUGUGGCCAAGGUGACCUUUGACCUCUACAAAAACAACCCCACGGAUUUCAUCGGCUGCCUGAACGUGAAGGCGACGCUGUACGGCGCUUACUCCGUGUCCUACGACCUGCGCUGCUACGCCGCCAAGAAGAUGCUGAAGGAGGCUCUGCGAUGGACCAUCUUCUCCAUGCAGGCCACGGGUCACAUCCUGCUGGGAUCCUCCUGCUACAUCGAGCAGCUGAUGCAGGAGGUGGUGGAGGAGGAGGAGGAGGAGCGAGCCGAGAAGAACCUGGCGCUGCCACAGGAAGGCCGCAUCAGGCAGCUGCACAGCAUGCUGCUGGGAAGGAUAACCCAGUGAAGAUGGACCUCCUCCUCCACUCCCGGGUUUAGAACACGAUGGAAACGAAACCGCCAAGCUCCACGCGUCAGUCUCCUCUGAAGUCUCUCUGUCACUUUCUUGUCCUGUUACUUUUGUUUAUGUACAAACUGAUACCACAAGUUAUUCCUCAGAAAGCACUUUUACUCACUACUGUCACUUUUUCUAUGGAGAUGAAUAAAUAUAACGUAACUUUUA